GUGUGUGUUUUGUCAUGUCAUCGAUUCAUGCACAGGAUUCCAGCUUUUUAGGAGGCAGGGUACCACCAGAAAUCGAGUCUCUGUCUAAAAACCUGAAGGAUGUGGACCAGGAGAUGUUCCGAAAAACACUGAAAGCUGUGGUCAGUGCCCUGGAGGGGAAGGACUGCAGAGAGAUGAUGAAGUCUAUAGCUGAGAGUUCUAUAAUCCCGCAGGACAGACUCGGUCACAUCGUUGCUGGGAUGCACAGAAUGCUGUCUGAGGCGAUUCGCAUCCCCACAUCAUCGCUUAAACAGGAGGCCUUUAAAGAAGAUCUCAGAGAACUGAGAAUACCAGAGGAAUUUAUCACAGAUUUCUCCAGUGUUGUUUUUGGAGCUCGUCGUGCUGCUAUAGAGUCAGUGGCCUUUCAGAAGGAUUCUCACCUGCCAACAGUAGAAGACUUUAAAUGGAGAGUAGAUGUUGCCAUUUCUACAAGCUCUUUAGCUAGAGCCCUGCAGCCUUCUGUGCUGAUGCAAAUGAAACUAUCAGAUGGGAGCUUUCACCGCUUUGAGGUACCUGUGUCCAAGUUCCACGAUCUCCGUUACAAUGUGGCCUUGAUCCUCAAAGAGAUGAAUGACCUGGAGAAGAAGAGCAUUCUCAAAAUUCAAGACUGAUAAACCAGAAAUCACACUGUCCUUUCUACCUGGGGUUUAUCUUUUAAACACUCAGUGAAACUUUGUAAAUGUGUAACAUACAGAUUAACCUUCUAGCCUAGGUACAAGACAAUUAGCCGUAAAGACAGUGGUUUCUUUUGGUUUCUUUCUUUGUUGUAAGUCAUUAUUUUAACUGUAAAGCUUCUAUUGUGCUAACAUACAAUUUCAGUCAAAUGAGCUGUUAGACACUUACACUGAGUGAAUCGUCAAUGUUGUUGGAGACUCUGCAUUCACAUACAUCUGAAACAUGAGGAUGAGUCAAAGAAUAUUUUUUUCUUACCCAGUUUUUUCAUCUCUACUUUAAACCAGUGUCAAUGGUUCUUUUAUCUUUUUGAAAUUUUAUCUUAAAAGUACAAGAAUGAUUGCUUUGUGCGGAUCACAGUGCACAAUAAUAAACGCAUCCUUCCGUCCUCUCCGUCAA